CAGGGGGAAAAAUGAGAAAGAAUAACUUAAAUUUAAAUUCUGCAGGGCAAAAUGUCAGAAACAGCACAACGUUUUUCUGUUUUUCUGGCUCUGGUUUUGCAUGUGAGAAGUGACAAUAUUUGAGAGUGUUCCAUGACAUCCCACCAGCAGGUACGUCUUGGUGACAAGUGGGAAAAAUUGAUGAAGGCAAAGACCAGAAACACAGCAACUUCUGUUUCAGAGGCUGACCAUCGAAGUGCUGUAUUUUGGUCUGCAAAAAUGAGGUGCUCGGUGUGGUGUCCUUUCUCAGUAGGGUUGUUGCUCUGCAGUUUUUGGGUUCCUGUGUGGAGCGGACGGCAAAUGGACAAACUGGCGGAGAAAAAGCUAUGCGCGGAUACUGAGUGUGACCACCCCAUUUCCAUCGCAGUGGCCCUCCAGGAUUACAUUGCUCCCGACUGCCGCUUCAUCAACAUCCAGAGGGGCCAAGUGGUCUACGUCUUCUCCAAGCUGAAGGGCCGCGGGAGACUCUUCUGGGGAGGCAGCGUGCAAGGUGAUUAUUAUGGGGAGCAGCCAGCUCGCCUGGGUUAUUUUCCCAGUGCUGUGGUCCAGGAAAACCAGUACCUGAAGCCAGGCAAGAUAGAAGUGAAAACCAGUAGGUGGGAUUUCUACUGCCAGUAAUGUGAGCUGCUUGGAUCCAAACAAUCUCUUGUAUUGAUCAUGCAAGCAGUGGAGGGUGGGUAGUCUCCUGCCAGCCUUAUUUUGGCGAAGGCAAACUCACCUUUCUAAAUGCUUUGUUGCUAACUGCCUUCAAGUUGACUUUGAUUUAUGGUAACGCAAUGAAGGAGAGACCUUCAACUCCCAAAUCUUGCAGUCUCAAGGCUGCCUUGGCUUUUCCAAUAGAGUCCAUCUACCUGGAAUGCCAUCUUCCUCUUUUCCUACCGCCUUCCAUCUUUCCAAAAAUUGUUGUCUUUUCUCAUGUCUUCUCAUGAUAUGACCAAAAUAUAACAGCCUCUGAUUAGUCUUUUAGCUUCAGGCUUGAUUUAUUCUCAGAUACAUGGUCUAGUGAUGCUAUUACUACUAAUUUGUGUAUGUGAGAGGAACAGAUAGUUGAUGGUGGUCUCUGUGUUUCCUAUGAGUCCAAGUGGCAUUUGCCCCAUGCCAAAUGCAAAGACAAGCGAAUAUCAAAGUAUCUGCAACAUCCCAUUGAGGCCAAUACAUUUUUAAAUAUAGAAUGAGACAUUUUCCAAUGAAACAAGUCAACAGAAAAUUGUCAAAAUAUAUACAAGCAACCUGCUUAGCCAAUUUGCCAGUUUCAUUCACGUACAGUUUAAUGGUAAGGCUUCAUUGUGUUUAAAUACAGCAUUCCUCCAUGCAUAGACGGUCAGGUAACCUGUACUU